UCUCUCUCUCUCUCUCUCUCUCUUAAAAUAAAACCUCAAGGCUACUUGCCCUUUUCUCUCUAUUUACAAAGUGAAUAAAAGAGAGUAGAGGCUUAACAAAGGGCUCUGAAAACAAUGGCUUCUACUUCAUCUCUAACUCUAUCACAGGCCCUUUUGGCUCGGGCCGUCUCUUACUAUGGCUCUUCUCAGUCCUCCGACCACCACCGCCUCUCUCUUUCUACACCUUCCCUUCCUGCCUUUUCUGGUCUCAAGUCUACCUCUUCCUCAAUCCCACGCGCUACUGCCUCCCGCCGCAGUAGCCGCCGCAGCAUUUCCAACCGCCAGCAAACCCAAAUCCGGGCGUCUGUGGUUGAAACCGUUGACGCUACCACUGAGACUUCAUUGGUUGAGAAAUCUGUCAAUACAAUUAGAUUUCUUGCUAUUGAUGCUGUGGAGAAGGCCAAUUCGGGUCACCCCGGUUUGCCUAUGGGAUGUGCUCCUAUGGGUCAUAUUUUGUACGAUGAAGUAAUGAAAUAUAACCCAAAGAAUCCUUAUUGGUUCAAUCGCGAUCGGUUCGUCUUGUCUGCCGGUCACGGCUGUAUGUUACAGUAUGCUUUGCUUCACCUCGCUGGUUAUGAUAGUGUCAAGGAAGAAGACUUGAAGAAUUUCCGUCAAUGGGGAAGCAGGACCCCUGGACACCCUGAGAAUUUUGAGACACCUGGUGUUGAGGUCACAACUGGUCCUCUUGGACAGGGUAUCGCCAAUGCUGUUGGUUUGGCUCUUGCAGAGAAGCAUUUAGCUGCUCGCUACAACAAGCCAGACAAUGAAAUUGUUGACCACUACACAUACGUUAUAUUAGGAGACGGUUGUCAAAUGGAGGGCAUCGCAAAUGAAGCUUGUUCCCUUGCUGGACAUUGGGGACUAGGAAAGUUGAUUGCUUUCUAUGAUGACAACCACAUCUCCAUCGACGGUGACACAGCAAUUGCAUUCACUGAGAGUGUUGACAAACGAUUCGAGGGUCUUGGUUGGCAUGUUAUCUGGGUGAAGAAUGGAAACACUGGCUAUGAUGAGAUUCGUGCUGCCAUUAAGGAGGCCAAGGCUGUGAAAGACAAGCCCACUUUGAUCAAGGUAACUACAACCAUUGGUUAUGGUUCUCCAAACAAGGCAAACUCUUACAGUGUGCAUGGGAGUGCACUUGGUGCCAAGGAAGUUGAUGCUACUAGGAAAAACCUUGGGUGGCCAUAUGAGCCUUUCCAUGUUCCAGAGGAUGUUAAGAAGCACUGGAGUCGCCAUGUACCACAGGGUGCUACCUUCGAAGCUGAAUGGAAUGCCAAGUUUGCUGAGUAUGAGAAGAAGUACAAGGAAGAAGCUGCAGAGUUGAAGUCUAUCAUCACUGGUGAAUUACCUGCUGGUUGGGAGAAGGCACUUCCAACAUACACUCCAGAGGACCCAGCAGAGGCUACCAGAAAUCUAUCUCAGGCAAACUUAAAUGCACUUGCAAAAGUACUUCCUGGUCUUCUUGGUGGCAGUGCAGACCUUGCCUCUUCAAACAUGACCCUGUUGAAAAUGUUUGGAGACUUCCAAAAGGAAACCCCUGAAGAACGCAAUGUCAGGUUUGGUGUGAGAGAGCAUGGAAUGGGAGCUAUCUGCAAUGGAAUUGCACUUCACAGCCCUGGCCUGAUCCCUUACUGUGCUACUUUCUUUGUUUUCACUGACUACAUGAGGGCUGCUAUAAGGAUAUCUGCCUUGUGUGAGGCUGGAGUCAUCUAUGUUAUGACCCAUGAUUCAAUUGGUCUUGGAGAAGAUGGGCCAACCCAUCAGCCAAUUGAGCACUUGGCAAGCUUCCGUGCAAUGCCAAACAUUUUGAUGCUCCGCCCAGCUGAUGGAAAUGAAACUGCUGGUGCUUACAAGGUUGCUGUCCUCAACAGGAAGAGACCCUCUAUCCUUGCACUUUCUAGGCAAAAGCUGCCAAAUCUCCCUGGAACCUCUAUUGAGGGAGUCGAAAAGGGUGGCUACACCAUUUCAGAUAAUUCUUCAGGAAAUAAGCCGGAUGUGAUUUUGAUUGGAACUGGUUCUGAGUUAGAAAUUGCUGCUAAGGCUGCUGAGGAACUUAGAAAGGAGGGCAAGGCUGUAAGAGUUGUCUCCUUUGUUUCAUGGGAGCUUUUCGAUGAGCAGUCAGAAGCCUACAAGGAAAGUGUUUUGCCAGCAGCUGUAGAAGCUAGGGUUAGCAUUGAAGCCGGAUCGACAUUUGGAUGGCAGAAGAUUGUCGGAGCCAAAGGCAAGGCUAUUGGAAUCGACCGAUUUGGGGCAAGUGCACCAGCUGGUAAGAUAUACAAGGAGUUCGGCCUUACUGUUGAGGCUGUUGUUGCUGCUGUCAAAGAAGUUUCUUAGGCUGGAUUAAAUCUUUUUUUUUUUUUUUUUUUAAUUUGAAAUUUGAGUUUUGGGUCGGAGAAUAGGGUGAAGAGGCCAUUUCUAGGACAGCUAUUCCAUGAUCCAGCCUCUUGGUUUCAAUAAAACAAAAAGGGAAAAAAAAAAUGAAAGAUUAGAUUUUCUUGUGUUGCUUCCAAGUGAUCAGCGCAGCAACAUAGUUCAAAAAAGAGGAGAGUUGGAUUACGAUCAUUGUGAAUUUGUAACGACUCUUGGACCUAUCUUGAGUUUUGUAAUGUGCAAGUUGUUUUACUUUGUAGUGCGAUUGACCAUUAUUUAUUCCUA